CCCUUACCAGUUGGUGGCGGUGAUAUCGUUGUUUGCUAACAGCCAAUAAAACCAGCAAGAAGAAGAAGAGGCAGAGCUUGUUUUCCGCAGUCGGCUAUUUUGUGCGACGGAUGUGAGUAGUUAUUGGGACACCAGGGAGUACACGUGAGUUUCCAGAUAGACAGUGUGGGGAAAAAAUGACACGCUGGGUGAAAAAUGUCAGUAAACACAAAACAAUGGAUGCUGCAUCAUGGAGCCAAUUAAGGGCAGGCAUAUCAGGUAGACGGAACUCUUCAGGCAGCCGUUUGCAAGAUGAUGCAUCACUUCAUUACCCUGAUCGAAAAAGAGCUAACAAAAACAGACAUGAUGUGAAUGGAUUCAUGGAAUAUAUGAAACACAAAAGGCAACCAUUACAUAAUGGAGGGCGAGGAGUGGCCCCAGAGGAGCAGGACAUAAGAGAAGUAGCAGCCAUUUCUCUAAAAAAUAACAAAAGAAGAGAAAAUCGGAGGAUAAAGAGACAGAAGGCUAUAAAGAGCAACAUGGUGUGCUUUAACUGUAGGAAGCCUGGCCAUGGAUUGGCUGACUGCCCAAAAGCUGAUGAGGAAAUGGGUAGAGGGAUCUGCUUUCGUUGUGGGUCUACAGAACAUGACAUACAGAGGUGCAGGGCUAAAGUAGACCCUGCAAUGGGUGAUUAUCCAUAUGCCAAAUGCUUCAUUUGUGGAAAGACUGGUCACUUAUCCAAAUCUUGCCAGGAUAAUCCAAAAGGCCUUUAUGCUGCAGGUGGCUCUUGUCGAAUUUGUGGCUCAGUAGAACACUUCCAGAAGGACUGCCCAGAUCAUCAAACCUCAUCAAAAUCCAUCACACUUGGUCGCCUGUCCAACAAAAUCAGUGCGGAUCAUGAGGACGUCAGUGUUCCUGUGGCACACGUGUCACUCAAGAAAGUCAGAGUGGUGGUGUACUAAACAGUCUGUUUUGUUUCAAGAGAGCAUUUGGGAGGAUAUAUUUCAGGUUUUUCAGCUUCAUUAAAUGUAUGAUCCUCCCUAUGACUGAUUCAGAAUAAUUUUUAUAAAAUCUCUGUCUCAAAAUAAAUGACCAUUUCAUCUGGGUUUUUUUUUGUUUUGUUUUUUUGCAAAAAGAUUUGUUUCUAGAACAUGUUUGCAAUCCUUAUGGUCUUCAAAUAAAUCUCAAGCACAAACAUUAAUAGGAAAUGGUAAAGGUUUACUAUCUCUAUCUGGCUUUUUACUUCUUUUGUCCUACACUUCUCUUUGCUCUAGUUAUCACUGGUACCCUGUGUGUUACUAUUAUACAUUUGAUUUAUUUUACACAUACACUACCAGUCAAAAUUUUGGGGUCACCCAGAAAAUUUUACAUUUUAUUUGAAAAAAACUGUUUUCUUAUAAAAUAUAAAAAAUAUACAGAAAAUAGCCAGGACAUUGGUUAGAAUUUUUUUUUUUUUUUUUUUUUUUUGCAGCAAUUAUAGCCAUACAGACAGUUGCCAUAAUGGCUGUCAAUUUGAGCUAAUCUGUAGAAAUUUUACCCCAUUGUUCAUGCAUCACCUCCUAUAAAUUGGAAUGGCCUAGCAGGCUAACAAUCAGGUCCAACCAGGUCAUCAAACAGGCCAGUUUAUAACAGUGAUUGAAUACAAGCUGACUAUUUCUUCUCUAACGAGUUUAGUCCUGUGCUUUAGGUUAUUGUUCUGCUGUUAUUUUGGCUCUCAAUUGGCAUUGUGAAAUGAAGUUAUAGCCUUCCUUGAUCCCUUUUAACACGUCUAAAUUUCCCACUUUAGCACAAGCAAAGCACUCCAGACUAUUCUUUCCCAUGCUUAACAGAUGGAAUCAAGCACUCCUCACUUUUUGUUUUUUAUUGUUCUUUAUAUUUCUCAUCUCACAAAUGUUCUUUAUUGUGUUCUACACACCAGAAACGUUAUUUUUAACCCUUUUUGACAAUCAAAAGCGAGAUUAACACAUGAUUUAGCAGAACAACUGAACAGAAACAGUUCUUAUUUAGACAUUAAUAAAAGUGUUUUGGUCCCAUAAUAUAUAUGUACAGGUUUUGUUUUCUUUAUAUUAAGGGUUAUUUUAUUUGACAUUUAAAAAAAGAAAGAAUUGUACUUAACUUCUAACUAAGUCUUUAUUACAAUAAAAUUAUGCAUCAUUUAGUGAAUGAUUUUGCCUCUAUUAAUUAUUUUAAAUUGAUUGUUUUUUUAGUGGCAGCAAGUCAUUUUGCUUAGAGAGACUAUGUGUAAUCAUCAUGCAGGAAAGUCAGGAGGUAUACAGUAUUACUCAAAUAUGUAUGUCAUAUCCAGGAACACUUGUUUUAAAAUCUUGUUCAGCUUAAUGCUCAUAGCAAUGAAGGCAUGCACUAUGGUAUUAGCUCAUGGUGUUGAGGCAGAUCUGAGUGCCGACUCAAAAUAGAACACUCAUUGUUGUCUGUAUGACACAACCCCACCAUUGUCAUAUUAAAUUAGAUUUAAAUCAGUUACUGAAGUGUUAUUUACAAUUGGUUACUAUUUCAAUAAUACUAUGUCAGUGAGAACAGAAAAAACAUAGUUAGGGUAUACAGUAAAAUGUCCAUUAUACUUCACUGCAUUUUUUGCUCCUUCUUGCUUACGCUUUAGUCAUUAAUCUUUACUCAUUUAGUUUCUUUAAUUUCCCUUUAGCCUUGAAAAAUCUGGAGAAGCCCACAGGCAGGGUAGGCCUUUGGAUCAAUUCAUUAGUAAGAAGUGAGAGCUUUACAUUUAGGUAUUAAAAUAGGACUGUUUCCUGGAUGACUCUGGCUCUUUAAAUCUUUGUCACUACAUUAGUAAUCAUUUUCUCCUUAUAGGAUAUCUGCAGUAUUUCAGAUGCAUAGGACAAAAACAACUCCUGAAAUAUAUCAACAUACAGUUAGAAAAUGAAUGAGUGUAGUGGUAGUUUAAUUAUAGUAACAUUAUAGAACAGAAUCAUAUGAUAAAAAUAAUUUAUCACAUGCACAGUGAGCGAAUCAUUCUGCAGCCUUGUGUGAGGCCUUGACUUUAAGAUUGAGCUGAAUGUGAUAGCUGAAAGGCACCUCCUGAUCCCAUUGUUUAUAGAGAAGCUGAAUAAUGUUCAGGCUGAUUAGGAGAUUUUUACUCAUCAUACACCACUGACAUGUAUACAAUACUCUAUUUGCAAGUUCAAUGAGAUGAUAAAAGCCAGGGAAAAUUGGGGAGAGCUAUUAAUCUGUUUAAAAGAAACAAAAGAAAAGGCUAUGUAUAUGUGACUAUCAUGUUCAGUAUAAACCACAUGCAUUUAAGUGUCAUUUCUGGUUGUAAAACAUAUAUGUAUACAUUGUGGGAUAGGGAUAUACUGUAGAUGUCUGUUGACAAAUGUUUAUAUUUGUACAUGAAUAAAUGUAAAGAUUUAUUGUUCUA